CAGAAUAUUGUAGCUUAUAAUAAAUUUUGUUUUUCACAUUUUGAGAAUCACUGUCAAAUUGUAUCAUACUAUUACGAAAGAUAUAAAUGAGUCCUAAAGGAAAAAAUAAAAAUCGUAACAGAUAACAUUAAAAAAAGUGUUUCAAAUCACAUUUUUACGCCCUCGUGUUUGAUUAAAUUGCACCAGCACUCAGGAGGGACCUUUAAAGUUUCAUUUAAGCAGCCUGAAUACAGAGUGUGGAGUUCUUGUUGGACCAUUGACAGAAGAUGUUUCUACAAGUUCUGCUCUUUCUGCCCGUGAUGAGCACCUGGGGAAUUCCCACCUGGUACCAAGAUGCCAGACAGUCUUUUAUUGACGAGGAGAAGGCCAUGAGAGUUGGCGCCAACCUAGUUCUUAAUGCCAACGAACAGUUAGUGAAUAAUUUUCUGAUGAAGUUAAAGAACGAAACCAUUCAGCAGAGUAUCUGGACCACCACGCCUUACCCUCCCUCAGUUAGUUUCUUUAAGAGUAAGCCCUGGAUAGACAACAGCACCAUCUUUCAGGUCAUUAAGAGGAUGCCUAAAGGUGGAGUCCUUCACCUCCACGACUCUGCAAUGACGUCAUUGGACUGGAUAGUGAAACAUCUGACGUAUGCACCUAAUCUCUACACUAGGGUCACUAACGACACCUACCCAAGAAGACGUUACCAAAAGAACGACACUCAUCCUGGAAACGACUGGCGGUUAGUGUCUGAGCUUAGAUCAUCUUUCAGCGAUCCCAAUGACUUUGAUAAACAGCUUGUGAAGGAGAUGUCUAUCUGGGUGGAGGACCCUUUCGUUGCCUAUCCUUCCAUCAAUGACGUCUGGAAGAAGUUCAACACUUACUUCACUUCAGUAAACGAUCUAUUGAACAACCUGACCCUCUGGAGAUCUUAUAUUGAGGAAGCUUUUAGAGAGUUUUACAACGAUGGGGUGCAGUAUAUGGAGAUAAAAACAGGAACAAUGUUUGACUCUCACGGAAAUGACAUCACGGGCGACUACAUGGAAGUGAUUCAGAAUGUUACCAGCAGUCUGAAACAAAGACACCCUGACUUUAUAGGGGUGAAGGUCAUCAUAGCAGGUCGCAGGUCACUACCACGUCAAGAGCCAAUGGUGAACAGAACUCUGGCUCUAAUGAAAAGGUUUCCUGGUCUAGUCAUUGGAUUCGAUCUUCUACAACAGGAGGACAACACGCACGUUACUGUUGACUACAUUGACGAUUUGAUGAAAAAUGGCCAUUCUGUUCUACCAUAUUUUUUUCACGCUGGGGAAACUGACUGGACCCAGUGGGUGGACCUGAAUCUCGUAGACUCUGUCCUGCUGAAUGCCAGUCGUAUCGGACAUGGUUUCGCUGCCUAUCAUCACCCUAAAGUGUUGGAGGCGGUCAUGAAGAAAGGAAUCGCCAUUGAACUGAACCCUGUGUCUAACCAGGUUUUGGGGCUGGUCGCUGAUCUCCGAAAUCAUCCGGGUGCAUUUCUAAUUGCUAAUGGAGCCCCAGUAGUCAUCAGUUCUGAUGACCCACCUGUCUGGUUCGCAAACCCGCUGUCUCAUGACUUUUACAUGGCCUUCAUGGCUCUGGGCUCAGUUCACGACGACCUGAGGCUUCUGAAACAACUGGCCAUGAACUCAAUCACAUUUAGCAGCAUGUCAAGUGCUGAAAAGGUCGAUGCAUAUACGAAAUGGCAGAACAGAUGGGAUACAUUUAUACACGACAUCAUUGUAAAAUAUAAACUGAGUACCGACAACAGUGUCAUUGGUUGAUGAUAUUGAACAUGUCAACAAGUUGUUGCGUCAAGUUCCAAGCAAUAUAUCAAUAAGAAGACUUGACAAGACAUUCAUGAGUUUUUGUAUCAGUGAGUGAUUAAACAGUUCCAAUAGUGUUUGUUCGGAUAGUGUACAGUGUAGUGUGAACUCAGGAGAAUAAAGAAAUCUCACAAACCAA